CCGCUGCCGCGUGUUUUGGCUUCGGGCUGUCGCUUUUGGGAGAGCAGCCGGCGGCAAAUGUCUCAGUAUUCGGGAAAAAUCGCUUUCUACGAGGGCAAAUGCUUCAGCGGGCGGAAGCUGGAGCUCUGCGGGGCCUGCGAGAGCUUCCAGGAGAGGGGCUUCGCCCCGCGCGCGAGCUCCGUCCGCGUCCGCAGCGGCGCCUGGGUCUGCUUCGACCACGCCGGCUUCCGCGGGCGCCAGUGCGUGCUGGAGCGCGGCGACUACCCCGACUUCAGCCGCUGGGACGGCCACGGCGACCACGUGGGCUCCUGCCGGCCCGUGGGCAUGCACGGAGAGCAUUACCGAAUCGAAAUAUUUGAGGGGACCCGUUUCGGCGGUCGCAGCCUGGAGUUCACCGAAGAUUGUUCCUUCCUGCAAGGACGAGGCUGGGACAAGAACUACGUCAACGCCGUCAAAGUGUAUGGCGACGGCGCGUGGGUGCUGUACGAGAAGCCCAGUUACCGAGGCCGUAUGUACAUGGUGGAGCGGGGAGAGUACAGCAGCUGCCACGAGUGGCAAGCACAGAGGCCCAACAUCCAGUCCAUCAGAAGAGUCAUCAACUACUUCUAGCGGGGCAUUUGUCAUACCGGUGGUGUCCUGCUGCAAGCCAGGGGCUCUCCUCCCUUCCUGCUU